AUGUCACCGAACGCCGCGUGGAAGAGCCUUCCUCUGACGCCGGAUGCUGUUCAAAAUCCUCUGACAGCGGUACCAACUACGCCCGCACCCUCGCUGGUCGUGACCGGCGACCGCUGUGAUAUCGACAGUUGCAGAUUGUACACAUACGAGCUGACAAUCGCCCAGAAGUCUGCCGGGAGCAGGGACUAUGGCGUGCUGUCCCUCUACAAGACGCAAGACCAAACGUCGGCGGAUGCGAUCAGGAACGAGGAUAGCAACUUCGAAAUCUUCGGGAUCAAGAUGCCUCCGGAGGGCCAGGGCCCCCCACUCAUGACAUAG